AAAAGACGAGGGGCUAAUCGCAAAAUUCGUCGCUCUGAACGCUAUAUAAAGGCAGGGAGAAGCAGCGGUGUCCGACGAGCGCGACGCAACUCAUCGCCGGCGGUGACCGAGUAAGUAAUCCGGCAUCCGGUUGAGCCGGCGAGCCCUAGCUAGGAGGAGGAGGAGGAAGAUGACGGUGGGAGCAGGGGUCGCGGUGCAGGACGGCAGCCUGGUGGCGCUGGGUGCCACGGUCCUGACGGAGGUGCACGACAAUGUCCUCGUGACGCCGGCCGCCGGCGCCGGCAUGACGAGCGGCGCGUUCGUCGGAGUCCGGUCGGCCCCCGCCGGCAGCCGCAGCGUCUUCCCCGUCGGGAAGCUCAGAGACCUGAGGUUCAUGUGCACGUUCCGGUUCAAGAUGUGGUGGAUGACGCAGAGGAUGGGGACGUCAGGCCGCGACGUCCCCUUCGAGACGCAGUUCCUCAUCGUCGAGGCCGCCGCCGCCGACGGGUCACACCUCGCCGGCGACGGCGCCGCCGUGUACACCGUGUUCCUCCCGAUCUUGGAGGGAUCGUUCCGAGCCGUGCUUCAGGGGAACUCUGAUGAUGAGCUUGAGAUUUGCCUGGAGAGUGGUGACCCGGAUGUGGAAUCAUUUGAAGGAACGCAUCUAGUUUUCGUCGGUGCCGGAUCGGAUCCAUUCGAAGUCAUCACGGAUUCUGUCAAAGCCGUUGAGAGGCACUUGCAGACGUUCUCUCACAGGGAAAAGAAGAAGAUGCCAGAUAUGCUAAACUGGUUUGGCUGGUGCACAUGGGAUGCGUUUUAUACUGAUGUUACUUCAGAUGGAGUGAAGGAAGGAUUACAGAGUCUAGGAAAAGGUGGAACUGCCCCUAAAUUUGUGAUAAUUGAUGAUGGAUGGCAAUCAGUUAGUAUGGAUCCUGCAGGAAUUGCAUCACUGGCUGAUAAUUCAGCCAACUUUGCAAACAGGCUGACUCAUAUAAAGGAGAACCACAAGUUUCAGCUAAACGGGAGGAAGGAUCACAGGGAAGAGAAUCCAGCAAAUGGCCUUGCACACAUUGUCAGUGAAAUUAAGGGCAAACAUGAACUGAAAUAUGUUUAUAUGUGGCACGCAAUUACCGGAUACUGGGGUGGAGUAAGGCCCGGGGUUGAUGGGAUGGAGCACUACGAGUCGAAGAUGCAGUACCCGGUGUCAUCACCGGGAGUUCAGAAGAACGAACCCUGUGACGCUCUGAACAGCAUCACGGCCAAUGGCCUUGGCCUUGUGAACCCUGACAAAGUGUUCAGUUUCUACAACGAGCUACAUGCAUACCUUGCGUCAGCUGGGAUCGAUGGAGUGAAAGUAGAUGUUCAGAACAUUCUUGAGACACUUGGUGCUGGCCAUGGUGGAAGAGUGCUUCUGGCCAGGAAGUAUCACCAGGCUCUAGAAGCUUCCAUUGCCCGGAAUUUCCGCAACAACGGCAUCAUAUGCUGCAUGAGCCACAACACGGACAACCUGUACAGUUCUAAAAGGAGUGCAGUUGUGAGAGCUUCUGAUGAUUUCUGGCCUAGAGACCCUGCCUCCCAUACUAUACACAUUGCAUCUGUUGCAUACAAUACAGUCUUUCUUGGAGAAUUCAUGCAACCAGACUGGGACAUGUUCCAUAGCGUUCACCCAAUGGCUGAAUACCAUGCCGCUGCAAGAGCAGUCGGUGGCUGUGCCAUAUAUGUCAGUGACAAGCCUGGGAACCAUGACUUCAAUUUGCUGAAGAAGCUUGUUCUUCCUGACGGAUCGAUCCUGAGAGCCAAACUUCCUGGCAGACCGACCAGAGACUGCCUGUUCUCAGACCCUGCAAGGGAUGGCAAGAGUAUCCUGAAGAUAUGGAAUCUGAACGAGCAUUCCGGUGUGAUCGGUGCCUUCAAUUGCCAGGGCGCAGGCUGGUGCCAGGUAGGGAAGAAGAACCUCGUCCAUGACGAGCAGCCGGCCACUGUCACCGGCGCCAUUAGUGCGCAUGAUGUGCAUCACCUCGCAAACGUCGCUGCUGAUGGCUGGAACGGCGACGUGAUCGUGUACUCACACGUCGGAGGAGAAGUGACUUGCCUGCCCAAGAACGCAUCUUUGCCGGUGACACUGAAGACGCGGGAGUACGAGGUCUUCACCGUCGUUCCUCUCAAGCAGCUCGCCAAUGGCGUCUCCUUCGCGCCGGUCGGCCUGAUCAGGAUGUUCAACUCCGGCGGGGCGGUGACAGGCGUGAGGCACGUCGGGGACGCCGGCGUUGAGCUCAGGCUCCGUGGCUCCGGGACGACCGGGGCCUACUCCUCGGCGAGGCCGGCGAGGGUGGCGAUCAACUCAGAGGCGGCUGAGUUCUCCUACGACGAUGGCUGUGGCUUGGUCACGUUCGAGCUCGCCGUGCCGGAGCAGGAGCUCUACUCCUGGACCGUGUCAAUCGAGUACUGAAAUCUGAAUGCUGACACAUGACAUUGAUUGUUGAUGAUUCUGAAUUAAUGGUUUUUUUCUAGACGAAUAUGGGGUGGAUGAGAUUUCUGAAAUUGCUCAGGAUGUUACCAAAACCCGGAUUGGGCAGUUUCACCAUGGCGUUGAGCAAUAUGAGAUGGAUGUUUGCAAACAUCUUUUGCUGUAGAUGUUGCGGCUAAUUCUAAACUCAUGUCACUUGGAACAUAAGAUGCAAAAACCC